UGUAUGACGUUCUGCUCUCCUGCCGGGAAAACUAACGGAUACAUUCGGCUAACCGAAAGAAGAAAAUACACCGACAGCUUCUUACCUAUGUGUGUGUGUGUGUGUGUGUUUGAGAGAGUGUGGUUACGUUCAACCGUCGUUCAAAUUGCAAUGUGACUGAAUGGCUAGCUAGCCGCAUGGCCUGUUUGUUUCGUUUCAAAGAAGCUGACUCCAUUUACCGUACCGACACUUUGACGUGAGGUCUUAUUUAGUUGCCAUUAUGUCAAAAUACACCAGCUUUCCUGAGCCACUGGACGACCAGAACCCUUUCCAGGACCCAGCAGUUACUCAACACAGCAGCAACACGGGCUACGCCACACUGGACCUGUACAACCCAUUUGAGGGCACAGUUGAGCCUCCACCACCAUAUGAAGCCACCUCUCCCUCUGCUCCAUCUGUGCCUGCACAGACCCCACCCAGCCGGACAACACCUACUGAGCCUCGCAACUAUGGCUCCUAUAACACCCACAACUCCCAGACUUCAGUAAAUGCCACCACAACAGAGUUGAUGAAAAAGCAAGAAGAGCUUGAGAGGAAGGCGCAGGAGCUGGAAAGGAGAGAGCGGGAACUGGAGUCUCAUAGCUUGGGGCCUGGAGCCUCCCGUCAGAAUAACUGGCCUCCCCUGCCUUCAUUCUGUCCCGUUGGUCCAUGCUUCUACCAGGACAUCAAUGUGGAGAUUAGCCAGCGCUUCCAGCGUACCGUCACCAUCAUGUACUACUUUUGGUUGUUCGGCACUGGAACUCUGCUCUUCAACCUGAUCUCCUCACUGGCCAUGUUCUGCAUCGACACAUCCGUUGGUGUUGGUCUGGGUCUUGCCAUCCUCUGGGCGCUUCUCUUCACACCAUGCUCCUUCGUCUGCUGGUAUCGGCCCGCGUACAAAGCCUUCAGGAGUGACAGCUCCUUCAACUUCUUCGUCUUCUUCUUUGUUUUCUUUGCUCAAGUGGUUGUUUACGUCAUCAUGACAAUUGGCAUCCCUGGAUGGGGGUUCAGUGGAUGGAUCGUGAGCUUGUCUGCUCUCAAACGAAGUGUCGCUGUCGGCGCAAUCACCAUGAUGAACGCCAUCCUUUUUACUGCCCAGGCUGCAAUUGGGGUGUUCAUGCUGAAGAAGGUCCAUGGUCUUUACAGGCAGACCGAUGCCAGUUUUCAAAAGGCCCAGGCCGAGUUCGCCACUGGAGUCAUGGCUAAUCAGGCCGUCCGCCAAGCUACUGCCAACGCUGCUGCCAAUGCUGCUCAAGGGGCCUUCACGUCACCCCGCUGAUUAAGAGGGACUCGGUAGUUUGGGGUGGGUAAGUUUGAGUGAAGGCCUUCAGUCUGAUAAAGGAUCAGGCGGAUAUUGAUUUUCCCACCGGCGAUUAGAUUUCAAUGGGUGACGUACAUGAGUUUCUGUAAUUACCCAGAGGAAACUAAACAAGUGCAUGAGACCAUGGGGUUACAUAAUGUGUAUAAAUGGUUAUUUGGAAGUGUUUAAUAAGAAGUCAACAUUUAUAAGUGUUGAUUCAUACAGCUGGCGUUACAUUCAUUGGCUCUGUGAAGGUUUGAGUGAAUACAGGGCAAAGGCUUUUAGAAACAAGAGUGCCAAAUUUACAAUGUUGGAGCCGCACUAGCCGUGAUCGCUUCCAUUCUUAAUGAGGUUGAUGCGGUUGCAACCAUCGAAUUAAGGCCAUUUGUUUAUGAGCUCAUGCUAAAAUGUCUCCAUUUAAACACCUAAAGCCUAAUUUUUCAACUUGUACCAAAUGCUUUUUUUGUUGUAUAAAACUAACAAUUCCAAACGAGAAUGCCUAGUUACGUUGUUGCCAAAAAUUCUCACACACUGUAAGAAAUGAAUAUAUGUUGUUUGUCGUAUCGUUAUGUUGGUGCAUCUUGUUGUUAUGACUCGUCUUUGUUUUAAUACAAGUAUAUUGACAUGCA